GGUUGAUAAGAACUUUAUUCCAACCGGUACGUCACCCCCAACCUUGUGAGAUCAGAUUAAACUCAAAACCCUAAAAAUCCUCAAAUUGAAUCGAUUGCUUCCAUAACAUUCUCAUCUAAUCAUCAUGUCAGACGAAGAAAUCGGGAUUCAAGCGAUAAAACAUGCGUUAAAGGCUCUUCGGAAGCGGCAUCUGGUUGAGGAGGGAGCUCACGCGCCGGCGUUUGUAGCUCUUUCUAAACCUAUUGCGUCUCAGGGUUCAGAAUGGAAGGAUAAAGCAGAAAAUCUCGAGUUAGAACUUCAGCAAUGUUAUAAAGCUCAAGCUCGAUUAUCAGAGCAGCUUGUGGUGGAAGUUGCUGAAUCUCGAGCUGCAAAAUCUUUAGUUCAAGAAAAAGAAGCCUUAAUUCCUACUCUUGAGCAUGAUCUUUCACAAGCAAGGGAUGAAUGUGCUCGUUUGGCAUCAGUUUUAGAAGAAAAGACGAAAGCCCUUGAAUUGCUUAUUGGUGAAAAUAAAGAGCUCAAAUCUCAAUAUGAAGAGAUGAGAACUAGAGCUGUUAAUGCAGAGGCUGAAAACAAGACAUUGGUUGAUCGAUGGAUGCUGCAGAAAAUGCAGGAUGCUGAACGCCUUAAUGAGGCCAAUGCGUUAUACGAAGACAUGCUUGGUAAGCUCAAAGCCAGCGGUUUAGAGCAACUCGCAAGGCAACAAGUUGACGGCGUGGUCCGUCAGAGUGAAGAAGGUGCAGAAUAUUACGUAGAACCAAUCAUACCAAAGACAUGCAAACACAGGAUCCCAGCUCAUGACGGCGGUUGUGCAGCCAUAGUAUUCGAGAACAGUUCCGGUAAAUUAGUCAGUGGCGGGCAGGAUCACACCGUUAAAACAUGGGACUCAACAACGGGCCGGUUAAUCCAAACCUACAACGGUUGUUUAGGGUCCGUUCUUGAUCUCAGCAUCACGCAUGAUAACAGAUCCAUAAUUGCAGCUAGCAGCUCGAAUAAUCUAUACGUUUGGGAUGCAAAUUCGGGUCGGGUCCGUCAUACUCUCACGGGCCAUAAAGAUAAAGUAUGCGCCGUUGAUGUCAGCAGAUUGUCAGCUCGUCAUGUUGUCAGUUCGGGGUAUGACCGAACGAUUAAAGUUUGGGAUCUUAAUAAAGGGUAUUGUGUUAACACGCUUAUGUUCCCGAGUAACUGCAAUACGUUAUCGUUUAGCCCGGAUGGUCAGACUAUAUUUUCGGGCCAUGUUGACGGGCAUUUACGGUUAUGGGACAUACAAACGGGAAAGUUACUUAGUGAAGUUGCCGCACAUUCUUCUGCAGUGACGUCUAUAUCGUUAUCCCGAAACGGUAAUACGAUAUUGACAAGCGGGAGGGAUAAUUUGCAUAAUUUGUUUGAUACGAGGACACUUGAAGUUUGGGGGACGUUAAGAGCGAGUGAGAAUAGAGUUGCGUCUAAUUGGAGCAGAUCUUGUAUUAGUGCGGAUAAUAAUUAUGUUGCGGCUGGAUCUGUUGACGGGUCGGUUCAUGUAUGGUCGAUAUCUAAUGGUAACAUAGUCAGCACUCUUAAGGAACAUACGGGUUCGGUACUGUGUUGUUCUUGGAGUGGUCUUGGAAAACCUCUUGCCACAUCAGACAGGAAUGGAGUGAUAUGUAUGUGGACAUAAAAGAUACGGCUUUUGGGUGUGGAGGAGGGUAGUCCUCAAAGGAAGAUUCGUCACGUAAGCCUCACGUCAGUGGGUGUGGGGGAUGAGCCUAGAGGGAUGGACCUAGGGUGUGGGGAUGGGCCUUAGUAUAUAUAUAUAUAUGUGUAUGUAUGCAUAUGUGUGUGUGUGUGAGAUAAAAAGAAAGAGCCCCGUCGAAGGCGGCAUUCUCCGGUUGAUGACGGGCCCAAGGGGGCGGUUUUGCUGGUCCUAGCUAGAGGUCAACGGGCAGGGUAUGAGCCCUACAUCCUGCAAUCUUAUGGGAGCAACCUAUCUGCUUUA